UAGACCGCUAGUAUAGGUAAAAUACUUUGGCCGAUAUCCAACUAAACUUUUUACCCUGAUAUAUUUCUAUAUACAACAAUCUUAUCAAAAUGAAUCCAUUUUGAAAUUUAGGACUUGCGAUGGAAAUACACCUGGCCAGUUUUGUUAUAUUCAUAUGUAUCAUAGGUUGUUAUGGAGAAUAUUGCACUGUAUCAGUUCCGGGAUAUCCAGGACAUCAUACCUAUCAAAUACGAUGUAGUUCAACAUGCUGCGGUCAGGGUUACGAUACAAGAUGUUGUGUUUCGGGUGAUAUGAUAGUUGGUAUUUUCUUCGCAUGUGUAGCGUUUGUCACAAUUAUAUGUACUUUAUUAUAUUGCUGUAUUAAACAUAAAAUUAACAGAUCAUCAAGAUUAAAUUCUGGUUCCGAGUUAUCUUUUCUUGGUGCACAUGACAGAUUUUACCACCGAAAUCCGGCUCAACCUAUAAAACCCCCGCCAUAUAAACAACAUGAUCCACCUCCAUCUUACACAGAAAUACCAGAAGCAAGCAUCAUUAGACGACCUUCACAGUCAAGAUGGACACCACUACCCCCAGCCACACCGCAUCGACCUCGUGCACCAACACCAAAUAGCGCCCCGAGAUAUAUUCAAGUAUCUUCGCCCCCUCCUUCCUAUUUCCAACAGGAAUCAAUACCGGAACAGCCAACACAGACCGAUAAUCAUCAACAUGCUGUUCCUACAAACAAUUCCCUAGCAGUGCCUAUAGGUCUAGUUUCCUUUAAUAGAACACAUCUGCCACCCCCGGGCAGUACACCCAGAUAUAUAGAAGUAUCAUCACCACCACCUCCUUAUGAUGCUCCCCAGCAUAUAACCGAACUACCACCAGAACCAGAUUUAUUCAACGAAAGCUUACCUGUUGAUGAUAUUGAGAAUCAGCAAGGGUCACCACAUGUUCCCCCAGAAACCACAAUACACCCAGAAACAAGGGACCCCCGGGCAAUAGCUCGUCUUUUUCAAGUCAACAUGCCCAGUGCUGGGAACAGCACCCAUGUAAACUCAGAACAAGCAAAUGAACAAAGAAAUAUUGAUAUCUUUACAGUAGAAUCGGUGAGAAAUUUAAGCGCCCCAAGGAUAUCGCCUGAAGCUGGUCCUUCCAGGCGCCAAUCAGUACCCGUGCAGCCCAAAUCUUUAAAUAUACACAACCAGACUGCACGCAAAAAGAAAGGUCCACUUAAUAGAUCCAAGUCUGUGCCACAUCAUUCAAAUUCAAACGUGCCACAUCGAAACGGAAAAUAAAAAAGUAUUGUUUUCCUGCCAAAUUAACUCGUAGAGCUUUAUAGAGAAUUUUCUAGAGACGAUCUUGGCGUGCAUGCGUGUAUGUAGUUUUAAAGUUUGACAUGCCUUUAAAAUAAAUCGAUGAAGGUUUAUAACAAGCAUAACGAGAAUCACAAAUGAACAUAAAGUUUUCUUGAACGUAAUUGAUGCAUGAACGUAAUUUCCAAAUUCCUUAUUUCGGUAAUAAUUUGUUUUGUCUGCUGAAUGUGUCAACUAAAUGGUAUUACGAUGACUGUCCCGGAAUUUAAUUGGAUUUAUGAUCUGUCAACGAGUUCCGUCCCCGGCGACCAAAUACACGCUGAUUCCAGCACAUUUCUCUCUGUUGUUUAAGUCAUAUAAGGAAGUAGUUAUAUUAUUAUAUAGUUUGUACAGUUUGUUAUUAUUUUUCUAAUAAAUUGUUGUUAUACAUGUA